CGGCACGGCUGUGGCGCUUCUGCAAUCUCCUCAUGGCCGCCUUCUUCGGGCUGGCGGCCGCUGUGCAGGUGAGGCCGGGGCUCCCGUUCCGUCCCCUCCGCUCCCCUCCUGCGGAGCGCGGCCUCGGCCGGGCCGGCGGCUGCGGGCUCUCAGUGCUCGCCUCCCGCUGCAGGUGAACGACCCUGACGCGGGGCUAUGGAUGAUAACGGUGUUUGGAGGAGCCUCUGUGACCUUCAUUCUGUUGGCUGUGUUGUUGGGACCAUUGCCUUGGCUUGCUCUUUGUUUGCUUUUGCAAAAGGAAACAUUUUUCAUGAAGAGGAAGGCAGAGAGUUGUUUGGUCUGGUGAUUAUUAYUGUAUGGAUGAGUCUUUGUCGCAGUUCAGCAAAAGAACUUGAGGACUUCAUCAAACCAGUCCAGCUGGGCUUGGCUAAAUCCUCCAUUGAACGCUACAAAGUGAGGUUCCAUCAGCCCUGCAGAAGAAUGAAGAAGCUCGUGUCCUGGCGGUCGCUGGCGGCCACCGUGGUGCUGGGCGGGGGGCUGCUGACCGGCAUGAAGGUGAUGAAGCGGCGCAAGGAGGAGGAACUGGAGAAGGAACGGAACCGGGGCAUUGGAAAGCCACUGCUAGGAGGGCCCUUCUCACUCGUCAGCCAUGAGGGACAACCCAGGACCAGCAAGGACUACAUUGGCCAGUGGGUGCUGAUCUACUUUGGCUUCACUCACUGCCCUGACAUCUGUCCUGAUGARCUGGAGAAAAUGAUUGCAGUUGUUGAUGAAAUUGAUCGAAUUCCAUCUUUGCCUAAUCUGACCCCACUCUUCAUCACCAUCGAUCCUGAGAGGGACAGCCAAGAAGCCAUUGCCAGAUAUGUUAAAGAAUUUUCUCCGAAGCUGGUUGGGCUGACGGGUACCAAGGCACAGAUUGACCAAGUGGCUAAAGCGUACCGUGUGUACUACAGCGAAGGCCCCAAGGAUGAGGACAAUGAUUACAUAGUGGAUCACACAAUAAUUAUGUACCUCCUYGGACCUGAUGGUGACUUUGUGGAUUAUUAUGGCCAGAAUAAGAAGAGCGCUGAGAUUUCGGSUUCUGUUGCUGCACACAUGAGAAAAUACAGAUCCUAAAACACAAGRUCUUCAGAGAUUGCUGUGAACAUCAGCUGUGGGUUUGGCUGUGAUUGGACAUUGGAGUUAAAGCAGAAGCACAUAAGUGUAACAUCCUGUCAAGCUGGCCCCCUUUCUUCCAAAUGAGAAAGGAAACUGUUUCUGCAAAUUCCCAUUACCAAAAAUCUCUACAGAGCCUUCCCCAUGGAUAYUAUUUCCAGCAUGAUCUAGGGUACAGAAUGAAAUUUGGGACUUCUCUGAAACAUUGUUUGGAGCAAAGAAUGGAAAGUAUUUUUCAGUUGGGAAUAAUGUGUGUAUUGCUGGUAAAAAAAUUGCUGGUCUAGGAAGAUAUCAGCAAAGACGACAGUCACUGUAGGAAGAUUACUUGACGAAAAGCCAUGGGGCCAUGGUGUUCUCAGAGGAGCUCUGCUCCCUGGUUUCUUUGCACUGUUUUGCCUUCUGGGAGAGGCAGUUGCGCUAUUACAAGCAGGGGAGCCUUAAAAGUGCUUCUUUAUCUGGUUAAGAAGGUGAAGAGCACUGAAAGCACCGGCAGCUUCCAUGUGUGGGACCAGCCCUGUAGCGAGCCUGAUCUUUUCAUCUGAUUGCAGAAAGGAAAUGCUUUUUUUCUGGUGAUUUUACUAGUGAAAACUGUCCACUUAAAAGGAAAAGAGAAUUAACUUGCAAAUAGAUUUUUCUUCUGGUGUAAAUGAUGGCAUGUGUAGCUGCUCUGCUUGUGCUGUGCUGAGCGGGGAGUGGGGAGGGUGCAGGSGAGCUGUGUCCAUGCACAGGGCUGGCAGGCACAUACAUUUUGUGCAAUGCAGCAUUUGAAAAUAAAGAUUGCUUUCUAUAGGCAAUAUAUAUUUUUCCUUCCUUAGUUAGGUUUGACUAGAAUGUCAUCAGAACAUGUCAGUCAAGCUUCAUAUUCUUGCUCUGCUUUGGUUUUUCUUUGAAAGCAAUAUUUAUCUCUAGUCUGCACAUCAAGAGCUGAAUGCACAUUAGGAGGUGAAUGUGCCUUUUUAAGGCAGCUGAACUUCAGACAAUGGUCCACGGGUCACAAACCAGAACAGAUCUUUGUGUGAGUUCCAGAGU